CCAGUGACGGCCUGGCGCCCACAUUUGAAGCACCGGGGUCAGGACAUCCCGGCAACGGCUUCUAUCAAAGCUGACAAAGAGCAUUUGCUCGCCUUUGAUCUGACCAAGGCCCUGCUGCUACCGAGCGACGUGGUCGGCAGCGACCACGUCCCAGACACCCGGUUGGUCAAAUCGUCGGUGAAGUCCAUGGCCAGGGCCAUUCAAAAACAACACUUGGUUUUGGAGCGCAUCCACCGGCUUAGGCAGAAAGCCAACGACACUGCCAGCCAGGUUGAAAGCCUUCAAGCCGAGCUCGGCCAGGCUAAAGCUUCUCUCGAGAUGGCCAAUGCGGAUAAUAAUAGGCUGCUCGGUCAGCUGAAUGCAGCCGAGAAGAAACAAAGUGAGCUCCAGACCGAGGUGGACACCCUCAAGAAGUCAGAGAAGAAAGCUUACCGGGCUGCUAACAACGCCGGUUUUAACGAGGCCGAGCAGAGCUAUAAAAAGCAAGUCUUCGCUACUCAAGACAUCUACUUCAAGGCCGGCUGGAAGUCCGCCUGCGAACACCUCAGCCAAGGCUCCGACACCGACGUAUUUGCCAACCCUCCUCCAGCUUCGCUACCGGUCUACCUUGUGCCUUACGCAAACGACGUAUUCAGCGCCCUGCAAGCGGAGGCUGAGGAAGGACUUGAGGACGGAGAGGGUGACACAGAUUCUGAGGCAGAGGAGGCCGAGGUGCAAGAGCAGCCCGGCAAUGCUGAGCCCGGUGUCGAAGACGUCAGUCCUACCAUCAACCUGGAUGCUGGCGAGGACGAGUUCACCAAUCUCUCCCCCCUAGUUUAGUUCUCUUGUUCUUUUUUUGUAUUUUUGCUUUCAAUACUUUGGAUGUAACCGGGCUCUGUCCCCACCUUUGUACUGAAUUUCUUAUCAAUGAAAAU